CGCGUCCGGAAACUCCUGCGGCCAUCCCAGUUUGGAGGCCAGGCCUGCACAGAACCACUGGUGCAAUCCCGACCAUGCUUUCCAGCUAAGCUCUGCAACAUCGUGGAUAUGGACUGCAAGAAUAAAUUCCAGUGUGAAAAUGGUCGCUGUAUUGCAAAAAAAUUGGAAUGCAAUGGAGAAAAUGACUGUGGGGACAACUCUGAUGAAAGACAUUGUGGGAGGAAAAAGAUGGUGUGUAGCAGAAAGUUUGAGAGCAUCCCAGGUGUGCAUUUAAUCGGCAGUGGAUUUCACAUUCUGUCAGGAGAGAGCCGAGGGGAAGUCCUUGGCAACUCGUUCAAUGGAGGAGAAUGCAGAACAGUGAGACGCAAUGAGACAAGGAAAUUGUAUCGUGUGCCUGCAAAUCUGGAGGCUGUCAGCUUUCAGGUAAUAGAUGAAGAGGAUGAUGUAAAAUCAGAUUUCUACAGGGAUUUAACGCCUCUGAGUGAUGGUGAUGUAGGAGACAGUACAUCCUCUCAUUCAUCUCAGAGAAGAUCUGGCAUACCAGGUCUAUUCUCAAAAAAGAGAAAAGUUCAAAUCACAUCAUCUUCCUCCUUCAAGAAAGCCAUUGAAGCCUCACAUGAAAAGAAUUCCAACUUUAUUAGAGUCCAUAAAGUCAUCUCUGUUGCAAACUUCACAAUGAAAGAGUCAGAUCUACAGCUCUCAGAUGUCUUUCUAAAAGCAUUAAACCAGCUGCCCCUGGAGUACAACUAUGCUUUAUACAGCAGAAUAUUUGAUGACUUUGGCACUCAUUACUACACCUCUGGAAGGAUGGGUGGUUCCUAUGACAUUCUUUACCAGUAUAGUUCCGAGGAAUUGAAGAACUCAGGUCUGUCAGUGGAUGAAUCAAUGGAGUGUAUUCGAACAGAAACAUCAAGGCGUGUCUUUUUCCGAAAGAAGAAGAAAGUCAGUACCGUAUGUGUCACAAACAAGAUGACUGUGAAACAUGAAGGUAACUAUGAUAAUAACAGGGUUUGUAUCCCGUUAGUUAUCCUGAGUUAUCCUCAACAAGGCACACCAGGGCUUUCUGGCUAGAGGAGUUCUUCCAAC